AUGGUCGUAUGUCAGCUUAUCCUUUCUGCUCUCGAAUACCCAGACUAUCUUGAGCCACUUAGGGAAGAGAUUGAAAAUGCAAUUCGCGAACGUGGAGUCUGGAACAAAGACGCUUGUGCGAGAAUGCCAAAAUCAGAUAGUUUCUUGCGAGAGACGUUGAGGUUAAGUCUUCCUACUGCGCCUAAGUUACAACGAAAGGUCGAUGUGGACAUCCCUCUGUCGAAUGACGAAGUGAUCAAAGCUGGUACACUCAUCGGGUUUCCUACUCUGGCUAUCCAACGAGAUGAAGAUUACUACUAA